AUGUUUACUGCCAUCACCCAACAGCCGCCCUUCACACACCUAUUCUCUCACGCACCGCAAACACCCAUCCCCGCACACCAUGCAAACCUCGCCGUCCCCCGACACCAGUUGCAGAUAAUGGAACAUGACAAUAAGCAAGCGAAAGCGACGACAUCACCACCAUCCCGCACACUCCCCAGGCAAUCAUACGCCGAACGCUAUGCCAACCAGAUCCGCAACCCAGCUGCCAAACUCGCAUGCCAGAGAGGCUCCCGCGAGAAACGGCUCGGCAGCUUCCUGAAUAAAGUGAAGCAUGAUCGCGACGAAGGCAGAUUUGAGGCCAGAAGCGACCAGAUCCAGCGAACCAAUUAUCUGGCGCAGCUGCGGAGGUAUCAAGAGACGCUCGCGAGGUCUGCGCCGGACUUUGGACCGUUGAUGGAGGAAGAGGAGAAGGAGGAUGUGAAGGUGGACGACGAUGGGAUGGUGUUCGAUGAAGGGAUCCAGGGGAUCGGUGUUGGCGCGAGGUGGAAAAAGGAUCGUGGGUUUGGUUUUGAAGACGAACGCAUCCUCGAAGAAUUUAUCUCGGAGGAGCAAGACUACCAGGCCUUUUUAGAGGAGUUGGAGCGCCCAGGAGACAUUGAACAGCAGUCGCAACCGGUCCCAGCAAGUUCCCAGUAUGACGAUGAGGAAAUCUAUGAACAUAUUUUUGCUGAGUUGCUUGACGACGACCAUGACCAUCACACAGCAUCGCUAGAUCACACCGACGACAUGAAUGACGGGAUGGAUACAUCGUGA